AGGUGGGGCUGUGCACACAUGUAGGAGAAAGCACAGCAAAUUUCUGCGCCGGUGCCCGGCGCGGAGAGCGGUGGCCCGGUCCGCAGCCAGAGCCAGCAUGGGGAGUCCUGCUAUUUCUGCUGCGGCAGCAGCUGCGGCUCCUUCUCCUGAGAGGCUCCGCCGCGGCGUUGCGUGAGGCUCCCGCAGACCCAGUCAGUCUGCAAAAGCCCAGCCAGCCCCAGGCUGGUGUCUCACUCUCUCCAGCCCUCGCUAGCCACCCGAGGGAGGAAGGGCGGCUCUGGAAAAGAAACUCGGCCGCAUCCUUUGCCCUGAGGCAGGCAGCCUGGAAUGAGCCUCUGCUGACAUGUGCAGGAUGUCUUUCAAGAAGGAAACGCCACUUGCAAAUGCUGCAUUCUGGGCAGCAAGAAAAGGAAACCUGGCUCUUCUGAAACUCUUGUUAAACAGUGGUCGGGUGGAUGUGGACUGCAGAGACAGUGUAUGAACUCGCAUGGUACCACUCUCCUCAUGGUUGCUUCCUAUGCUGGCCACAUAGACUGUGUGAGAGAACUGGUUCUCCAAGGAGCAGAUAUCAACCUUCAGAGAGAGUCAGGUACAACUGCUCUCUUCUUUGCUGCACAACAAGGCCACAAUGAUGUGGUGAGAUUUCUCUUUGAAUUUGGAGCUUCCACUGAAUUUAGAACUAAAGAUGGCGGCACUGCAUUGUUGGCAGCUAGUCAGUAUGGUCACAUGCGGGUGGUAGAGACUUUAUUGAAGUAUGGAGCCAACAUUCAUGACCAACUUUAUGAUGGAGCCACUGCACUCUUCCUCGCAGCCCAAGGAGGUUACUUGGAUGUGAUUCGAUUAUUGUUAUCUUCAGGAGCAAAAGUCAACCAACCAAGGCAGGAUGGGACAGCUCCAUUGUGGAUAGCAUCUCAGAUGGGACACAGUGAGGUAGUAAGAGUGAUGUUGCUUCGAGGAGCAGAUCGGGAUGCUACCAGGAAUGAUGGUACCACAGCAUUAUUGAAAGCUGCCAAUAAAGGGUACAAUGAUGUCAUUGAGGAACUCCUGAAGUUCUCUCCCACUCUUGGCCUUCUAAAGAAUGGAACAACAGCUCUCCAUGCUGCAGUGCUCAGCGGUAAUAUCAGAGCAGUCGCUUUGCUCCUGGAAGCAGGAGCAGACCCUGCCCUGAGAAAUAAGGCAAAUGAGCUACCAGCAGAACUAACCAAAAAUGAGCGCAUUUUACGUCUCCUCCGAAGUAAGGAAACACACAGGAAGAGCUAAUUCAGCAGCUACUUCACCGUGGCUAAGCCCUGUUCACAUUAGUAAGAAAGUAAAUUUGUUCUGCAAAUAGUUCUGGACUUUGAUUCUUGAAAGUAUUUUGUUUAACUGACUCACAAUGUCUACAGGGCGGCUCUCUGGACAGUCCUAGGGCUUUCAGGUUGCCCUAGGUUGGAGGCAUGGGGCAGCUCCCAGAUGCCUUCACUCUCACUUACAACAGGGUUUACACGCUGGCCUGUUAACCAGACUCCACUGGGGUUUUGCACCUUCAUGGAGUGGAAAGAAAUCCCCUUGUCAUUCAGUUAACAAAUUCUAAGGUGGACAGGGCUUCUAGCCCUAAUCAAGGCCAUAUGAGGUUCUGCCCUCUUUAGGGGGUUUAAAGUCUGACAUCUAACUGAUUAAUUGCACUUUCUCUUUUGUAUCAUUCUGUUAAUAGAAACAUAUGCAUAUUAUCAUCUAGAGAAUAUCUUUUAUUUCAUUGCAAAUAUAUUUUCUUCCACUUAAGGAUCACAGCCAUAUUGAUUAGGAACCAGGUGAAUGGCAAACACAAAUGUACUCUUGUCAAAGAGCACCCAUAUUAUUUGUCAAGAAUGCAAAUGCUUCUCAAGGAUAAGGUGUUUGGCUGGUGUUUUAUGAGUUAAUCUUCUCUUUGUUCCUCACAUUAACAUGCCAUCUGUGAUUAAGAUAUGGGAGGAGGCAAAAUGAACAUUUCAGAAGGAGACAGUGUAGAACAGUGGAAAGAAGAGUAGAUUUGGAAUAAGAAAAACUGGAUUCAAAUUCCAAUUCUGAUGCAUGAUCUUGGAUAGGUUAACAAUCAUUUGUAAAAUGAGGGAGUUGGGAUGGGAUAACUCUUUUAAGUUUCCGUAAAGCCCCUCCCAAUUCUAAAUCUAUCAUCCUUUGAAAAGUCACUUUAACUUUGAUUCAGGGAAACUGCAAAAAUAUCCAAACUUCAAGCUUGUUCCCCUGAACUUUAAUUUCAGUUCUACCCUUUGGAAAAUCUUUCCCAGGACGGAAAGAAAUUUUAUUUACUGAGGAAUCUAGAACUUCUAUUGAGGAAUGUAAAACUAAUAUCACUUUGCUUUAUGCAAUAGAUUUUGAGGACCUAGAAUAAAAUGCAAUUUAAAAGUAAGAUGUGUUGUUACUACUACACUUGUGUAAGUUAUGCCUAAAUGUUAUUUAUUUAGUAAACCUCUACCUGUGCAUGGGAUAUACUAAUUGAUUCCAAGAAAGGAAUUGGGUUCUGUGUUGUUUAUUUUAACGUUGUUCUUUUGGGGAAACUUAAAUGUACUUAAUUAUAUUAAAUGUACUUAAUUAUCA